AUGAAUACAAGUACUGAGCUACUAGUUGGAAAGGAUAUUCAGUGGUGUACAAUCGAGCAAGUUAUUUCGUUCUUGGACACAUCGCAUCGUCCAUCGUUGCGACUCGUAUCAAAGGACUUUGACGAGUUUAUUAUGGGCUUAUUCACCAAAAUAAUCCUUUGUCAAACCACUGAAGAUCUACCUCAUUUGUUUAAGAACUGUCAAUCGCUAGUUUAUCUUGAAGUGAAUGGUAUUUCGAAGCCGUUGGACGUAUCUCGCAUCUGCCAAGUGUUGGAAGACGGAAUUCUUCCAAAUCUGCUAACACUGGACUUUCAAUAUAGUCGAAUUACAGAUCGCAAUAUUGUUCAUUUGUUCCAUACACUUGAAACGGGUUGCUGUCCACACCUGAAUACUAUCCGUUUAAGCAACAAUGCAAUGGGUGUAGCCGGAGCAUCUGCAAUGGCGUCUUGUUUGUCCCUAGGCGUAUUAAACGAAAUUAAAGAGAUUGACCUCAACCAUAACCUCAUCUUCGCUGGUGGAAUCAAGAAGAUCAGUCGGGCGUUUAUGAACUUUCACAGCCGCAAUCUGGAAGAUGUCAACAUUUCCAGAUGUCAUUUAGCCAAUCCAGGAAUUCGAUUUUUCUGUGAGUCAAUGAAUGGAUGUCCCUUAAUCACGCUGCGAAGUCUACGACUCUAUUGGAAUAGCAUCAACAGCGGUGGAAUCAAGCAUUUAGCAUUGUCGAUCUCUCUGGGGAUUUUGGAUUCCCUGGAAGUUCUAGAUAUUUCCAAGAACCCGAUCGGAUGGAAGGGGAUCGAGAGGCUUACGGAGAGUGUAAUGCGAGGCAACCACCUUCCUCACUUGAAAGUAUUAAUGAUGCACUCUUGCAAAUUGAGGACGAAAGGGAUGCGAUGGACGGGCAUUAUGAUUCGUUUUUUGAGAGAGAUCGAAGUGUUAUCGAUUGGAAGUGAGGAAUUGGAGUGGACUAUAAAAUAUGCAGAUAACAACAUCAAGGCAAAAGGAAUGAGUUAUUUGGUGGAAGGAAUGAGGCGUGAAUCCUUCUUUUUACCGCGCCUUCGUAUUCUAGAUCUUACAAAUAACAAGAUAAAGCAGGAAGGAAUCGGAUACCUCGUUGAGAUGAUCCAGAAUAACAACUUCCCAAACCUGGAAGAGCUUUCUCUUAUCAGUAAUGACAUUCGAGAUGAAGGGUUGUUGAAACUCAUUGCCAUGAUGCGAUACGGCUUUCUUCCGCACCUGAAAACCAUCUAUCUCUCAGAUAAUAAGCUCCGCGAUGAGAGCGUUAAGCAGCUAACGGCAGCUCUCGCAGCUCGGAAACUGGCUGCGAAUGCAGAACUCUAUCUGGGAUGUAAUAAGCUUUCGAGCGGUGUAGUCCAAUCGCUGGUCUCGCUUUUGUAUCUUCGACCUGAGAGUCAGGAUCCUCCCUUGAAAUACGUCGUUUUAGAAAAGAAACGCAAAGAGAUCCCGGAACGCCUGAUACAGAACGCUCUGGCAAACCCCACAGCGUUUUCUGUUUGUUAA